UUGCCCUUUCUUGUCCGUCCGUCUAUCUGUGUCUCUCCUUGGCCUCUGGCCCUAUGCAGUUAUUGCGGCACACACGGCUGUCGCCUCGAUUGUCCGUGCAACGGGGAAUCGCCAUCCUGGUGGCCGCGUUUGCACCACCCUCCGACAUUGACGUUCACCAUCAUCAUCGUCGUACAUCAGCCGUCGUCAUGAUGACGAGCACCAGCACCAGCACCAGUCCGAGCGAUAAGCUUGACAGGUACGCCAGGGCCACGGGAGGGCCGUGGUCGCUGGAGCCAGCAGCGGCGCUGGAGCGUCUCGUGCCUGAGCUUGGGAACGACAGAUACAAAGGGCAGCUGGGAAGGGUGGGCGUGUUCGGGGGCUCUGAGGACUACACGGGAGCGCCCUUCUUCGCGAGCAUGUCGGCGCUCCGCAUGGGCGCAGACCUGGCGUACGUCUUCACGGCGAAGGAAGCGGCACCCGCGCUCAAGGCCUACAGCCCGGAACUGAUGGUUACCCCCGUCUACAGCGCCGACAUGCUCACGGGCGGCUCGACCACGGGGGCGCGAGGAGACGACAAGGGCGAUAGCGAUAACGAUUCCCGCUCCGCUGCCCUAGCAAGACCCAUCGCCGACAGCGUCUCGUCGAGGCUGCCCAAGCUCCACUCCCUGCUGCUGGGGCCCGGGAUGGGCCGCCACCCCACCGUCAUCGCCGCCGCCGCGGGGAUCGUUGCGAGCGCGAGGGGGCGGGGUCUUCCGUUGGUUCUCGACGCCGACGCCAUCGCGAUGGUGGUGGACGACCCCGGGACGAUCAGAGGCUGUCCCCUGGCCGUCCUCACGCCCAACGCGAACGAGUUCAGGCUGUUGUGCGAGAGGAUGGAGCGUGACGGUGGUGGGGAGGGUGGGGAACGGACGCGACACGGAGAGGCGUCGCAGUCGCCGUCGGGUGUUGGCGAGGUGGAGCGAUUGGCCAGAUAUCUGGGCGGGGUAACGGUGGUGCUGAAGGGCAAGGUGGACGUUAUAUCCGACGGCGCGCGAACGGUAACCUGCGCGGUCCCGGGGGGCCUGAAGAGAUGCGGCGGGAUCGGUGACGUCCUUUCCGGGGUCACCGCCACCGCUCUGGCGUG